GUGACAUGUUUCUGUUGGUCUCAUCCGUGGACAAUGCUGAUUCCGUAGCUCACAUGCUUGAUUCUAGUAAAAUUAUUUUUUCUGCUUUGCUCGUACCAAAACCAAACCAAGAAAUCCAGAUUCGGCAGCAAAUAAGCGAUUGUAAAGCAUCACGAGGUGCAACCGGAGGCAGUGACACACCUUGUGUGUUCGUCUUGAACAAGGCUGAUCUUCCUGAACAUCGUUGGCAGAUCACCGAGAAAGAGGCGGCUGAACAGGUUGAGCAAGCUACAGGCUCGCACGAUGCGUUUGUAACGUGCUCUGCUGCAAACAAUCUUAAUAUAGACAAGGCUUUCGCCAAGUUAUUCACUAUGAAUAAAUGCCCGAAGCAUAUGAAUCCUGAACUACAUAAAAUGCUGCGACCUGAGCUUUCUGCUGAUGCCGAGAUCGGACGAAGACAUAUUUUGAGGCGUAUGCGAAGUCGAUUUUCGCGAGAACAUGAAGACCAACUAACAACGUUUUGUCCACCAAAAGUACAUCAAUGUCCAAAGCUUUAUUGGAAGACAGGCAUGAAUAAGACAGAUUAUCCCUCUGCCAAAAAAGACUGAAA